AUGGCUCUUUCGGAGAAGAAACAGAACGAGUCAAUGGUUGUUGAGGAUGAGUACCCUCAGAAGCCGGUUCCCCAGGUUGAAAAAGUCGACUAUUCGGGUGCUCACGCGAAGACCGACCCCAAGGAGAUCGCCCUUGUGAAGAAACUCGAUAGAUGGAUUAUGCCGAUGCUUUGGAGCAUGUAUUGGCUUAAUUACCUUGACAGAAACGCCAUUGCCCUGGCACGGCUAAACCAUCUCGAGGAUGAUCUCAACCUCACCAGCACCCGUAUGUAUGCUCCGAUAUUUAUUACCGCCAGCUACAAAAGUGCUAACAGGAGAACUCUAAAGAGUACCAAACAUGCGUCUCCAUCCUCUUUGUUGGCUACAUCAUUGGCCAGGUGCCUUCCAAUAUGUUCCUUACUCGCACUCGCCCAAGCCGAUACAUGUGCUCUUACGGCUGUAUCCAAGGACUACAUUGGCCUGCUCCUCACGCGUUUUUUCCUUGGGGUCACAGAGGCGCCAUACUAUCCCGGCGCAGUCUAUCUACUCACUAUUUUCUACACGCGUAAAGAGGUAGCCACGCGCAUUGCCAUUCUAUACACCGGAAACAUCCUGGCUACUGCUUUUGCUGGACUCAUCGCGGCCGGCAUCUUCCACGGCAUGGACGGUGCUGCCGGCCUCGCUGGAUGGAAGUGGCUCUUCAUCCUCCAGGGUGCUGUGACCUUUGUCAUUGCCAUUAUCGGUUUCUUUUUGUUGCCCGACUUUCCUCUCACCACCUGGUGGCUCACUCAAGAGGAGAGGGACCUGGCGUACAAUCGCAUGGAGCUGGACACCGUCGCCAACCAGGGUGAGACAAGCACCUGGAAAGGUCUCCAACAGGCUGCCAAGGACCCCGUGGUAUGGAUUUUCUGUGGAAUGGCGCACAUGCACCUUGCGGCCAAUGGUUUCAAAAACUUUUUCCCCACAGUCGUUCAAACCCUCAAGUUCAAUACGACCAUCACACUCGUGCUUACUUGCCCCCCAUACCUCAUUGCCGGCGCUGUCACGAUCUUGCUAUCAUGGUCCUCAGGUAAGAUGAACGAGCGCACAUGGCACAUUACACUCUCCAAGGCUGUAGCUGUGAUCGGCUUUGCCUGCGCCGCUGCGACUCUCAACACUGUCGGUCGCUAUGUUUCCAUGGUUGUCUUCACCAUUGGCACUUAUGGCGUCAACAGCCUUAUUCUUGGCUGGUGUGGCAGCGUGUGCGGUCAGACCAAGGAGAAGAAGGCGGCGGCGAUCGGCCUAGUGACGAUGAUUAUGAAUAUCAGCUUCAUCUGGACGCCUUAUCUGUGGCCCAAGAGUGAUGGCCCUCGCUAUGCUAUUGCUAUGGCCAGCAGCGCGGGAUUCAGUAUCGCCACGGCAGUCUUGGCGUGGAUAGCCAAGCUGAUCAUGCUUCGACGGAACAGGAAGUUGAGGGCUAGCGAUGACGAGACAACCAACUACUAUGUCUACUAG